ACCGAGUAUGAGUUUGUGUGUGUUCUGACGUCACGCGGCGAGAAGGAGUGCGGGCUCUGGCUAGCUAUCGAGAAAACUCGCCGACCCACCGGCACAUCGGCCCCCUCGGUACGAUGCUGGACUCGCUGGCGCUGUUGCUGGAGAAAGCCUUCCUCCUCGCCCAUUUCGACAUUUUCAGUGUGCUACUCUCCGGUGAGAAGGACAGGAAGGUGGAGAAUGCGGCGGAGGUAGAGAGGGAAAGGCACCUUCAGCAGCAGCGGCUCCGGCGCGGCGACCUCCUGGAGGUGCCUCGCACCCUCUUUAUCCACUUCGGCAUCUAUCUGGGUGACGGCAAGGUGGCCCACCUGAUUCCCGACAUCCUGCCGGCGCUGACGAGCGAUGAGCGCCGCAUCGGGAGGGUGGUGAGCAACAAGCGGCUGCUGCUCGGCGUGCUCUACAAGUGCGCCACCAUCCGCGUGGACACGCUGGAGGACUUCGCGUACGGCUCGCCGGUGCUCCUCAACACCAUGGACGACGCGCUCAGGACGCGGCCGCUGGCCAACGAGGAGGUGGCGCUCCGGGCCGAGAAGCUCAUAGGCAGGAUCCCGUACAGCCUACUGUGGAACAACUGCGAGCACUUCGUCACCUACUGCCGCUACGGCACCGCUGUCAGCCUGCAGACAGACAAGUUCUGCGAGUGCAUGAAAUCCAUCAUCCGGGAUCAGAGGAGUGUGCUUGUGGCAACAGUACUUGGAGUGUGUUGCAUGCUUUUCCUGGGAUUAUCACCCUCCACAGUACUUCCAACACUCCUCAUCCUCUUCAUCUUGUGGAUGGUUGGAUAAGAGACUGUUCUUGCCGUGCUCAUACCCAGCUAAACUGGAUCUGAGUACCGUUUACCGAUUCAACUGUCUGCUUUCACUAAGACAUUGAAAUAUCAUUGUGUCAGUUUGAUAGUUGGAUAUGUUUAGCCCAGUUUAACAGUAUUAUGUUAAAGCUAACUGCUUAUUUUUUGUACCAUAUUCAGUCAAAUUAAUAAAUGUUGAAACAAGCAGUACAAAAAUUGUUUCUCCAUAUAACUGCUUUUCUCAUGACCUGCUACUGUGCUCUACAAACAAGCCAGGAGAAAAAAGACUAGAUCUUUAAAAUGCC